AUGGACCGCAGACUGCUGAGAGCACAAAACAACCUCAAACUAUUUGUCGGCCUAGAUCGCCGCCGGGGGGGAGGUCCAACGCUAUGGGUGGGGACGGGAAAAGAGCAGCGGAGGGGGGCGCACACGGGCAGAAGGCACCACCACAUGGGGGUUGGGGGGGGGGGGGGGGGGGGGGGGGGCGGGGGUGGGUUGAAGGGGGCCAGGGGGGGGCGGAACCGGUGUAGCGACACCCCAGUGAAGAACCGAACAAUGGGCAGCCGAAGCAGGUCGAAACGGGGGGGGGGGCGACCGGGGGACCGGGGGGGGGGGGGGGGGGGGGGGGGGCACAUAUAA